AUGACCAGCCAGGAGCUAAAUCACUUGGGAAGGCUGUCUUUGGUGGGCUGGCUGUUAGUAGCGUCACUUGCUUUCAGCGGAGCCAACUAUUUUGCGGUGGGUCCCACAGGCUCCAACUACCCUGGCUGGCAGCCCUACACAUGGAACUCCGUCACGUCGGCCACCUUCAUUCAAGAAUAUAACACCAACUCAGGCAUCAUAAGCUGCUGUUUUGAUGUCAAGUGGGCCGGCCAGUCUGUGGUGCCCUACUCUACCAACGGCAACCCCUGGUGUUCCACCCAAUACCCCUCCAGCAACGUGGUCUCGCUGGGUACGCCCGUAAGCUGGUACAUGCAAAUCAACUCCGGCAGCGUCUGGCCAGUCUCUACCAACUUCGGAUGCUCCGGCGGUCUCUCCUUCUUUGUGCGAACCGGUUCGCCUCCUUCGGCUUGUAAUGCCUACAACUGCGUCCACGGCACCUGCGUCCCGCAAAGUGGCGGCACGCAGCAAUGCCAAUGCAGCAAAGGCUGGUACGGCAGCAAUUGCGACAUGAUCGUGCCGCCCUUCAACUCCUCCUACUUCUUCGUCCAGUUCACCUGGCAAAACUUCCGUCAAGGUGAGUUUUUCUACAUGGCCAUCGACAGCGAUCGCAACCCGGACGACUGCAGGUGGUUCAUUCGGGGCUACCCUGAGGACCAGAGCGACGGGUCGUCGAUUGGCCUAUCGAGUUUCAACGCGGCGCCGUACGAGAUUUCCUUCGGGACAACGGAAGCCGUAACCUACGCGAGCAUGGGCGUGUGGAUGGUCACGCGAAAACUGACAAGUGGAUCGGUCGCCACAUGUCGUCUCAAGUUCAUCAUGGCUCCCGACACAAAGGGCUGCUUGGCGCAGAGCGGCUUCCUGCCUAUCUGUUAUCUCGGCAACGGUGCACCCCUCUACUUUCAGCUCCAGCAACUUUGA